GUUUGGAGAAUCGAGAUUACUCGUGAACGAAAAAUAAUUUUUAUUCACAGUUUUUAGUGCCAUGAAAAUGUCGUCGAUUCGAUGUGCAUGUGGACUUGUAGCUUUCUUUACCCUUUUCUGCUUUGUUGUUUCUGACGACAGUCAAGCUGGAGGGAAACACAACCCUUUACACGAUUCAAAAGUCACACACGACAAAGACCAUAUUAAGGAGCAUCUAAAGGAUGAGAUUGAUCUCAAGGAUGAACAAAUGUCUGAUGAAGAUUUACAAUUCCACUACUUUAAACUACAUGACUAUGACCACAACAACAAAUUGGAUGGUAUAGAACUCAUGAAUGCAAUGACGCAUUAUCAUGAUGAAGAUGGCGAUGGUAAAAACCCACAUUACACUGAUGAUGAAAUGGGACACAUGAUAGAUCAGAUUUUAGAUGAAGAUGACCUUAACAAAGAUGGCUAUAUCGAUUAUCCAGAAUUUGUGGCAUCACAGAAAUCUUAAGAAGCAAAAACUUUUUAUCUACACACUGUUUCAGUGUUUCAAUGACAUUUAAUUGAUACUAUUAAUAUAUGAGCUUGAGAAAACAGACAUUUCUAUCAACCUCUUAAUAAUUUCUCCUCUGAGAAAAAUAUCUUAGAUUCAAGUUGGAUAUUUGCAUCUUCCAACUAUUUUCGUGGCAAGGAAACCUACCCCUGCUUUAUUAUGCCAGUAUUCCCCCCCCUCUAUAAAUGUGCCUCUCAUCCCCUUAAAAUCCAAAUAUGCUUUAAAUUAGCACAGGGAAGGGUGGGGUCUUAUUAGCCAAUUUUUAAUUUAGCCAGCUACACAGACAUUGCUUAGUGGAAUUUGUCAGCUUAAAUCUCCACUGUUUCUAUGUAGUGUAGGAAAAGAGUAGGUCAUGUAAAGGUGUCCUCUUGUUUCAGGCUAUUUACAUAUUUUUUUCUUUACAACAAGUUAGUUAUUUUGAGUUUUACACCAAGAGAUAUUAAGAUACAGUCUAAAAAUCAAAAGUGCUUAUGGUCAUGUUUUACACUUUUGCGAGAAUCAAACAUAGGAUUCAUAAUAAGAUAAGAUUUCAGUUUCCAGCUUUACAUCAAGGAUACAGUUUAUGAUUAAUGAAGCUCAUUAUGAUGAAUGUUUACAUUUUAAUGCCUUUAUAUAAAUUUUUAACGUCUCAAAAAUACACCAUUGUUUGAUUUUAUCAGUCUUCAGUCUUAGAUUCAACGACAUUUAAAGGGAUGUACAUGAAGACUGUAGAGUAGGAACUGGGUUAGAGUUACUGGUGGCCAGCACUGGAUCCUAGAAAACAUUGUUCUUGUUUCCCUAUAUUCCCACAAUCUUUCACUUUAUAACUUUGCAGACACUGUGAGAAUUUUUGUGAUGAAUGAGGCAGUUAUCUUGAGGACAGCUCCUUUCCUGAAUGAUAUGCCCUUUUUUGCUUUCAUUAGCACUAGGGGAAGGAAGCUGUGCACUUAUCUUUACCCCCAGGAAGAGUGAAUUACAGAAUACCUUAAACUGCUGCUUGCAAGCCCUCCCACUUAAAAGCCCUUAUGGUUAUAGGCCAAUCUACCUGUAAAUAAAGUAUUCCGAUUACAAGCCCCCGAAUAUAAGCCCCUGAUUAUAAGCCCCCCUCUAGUUUAAAAUGAAUGUUUUCGAUGUAUUAUGAUGUUUUAAAGCUUAAUUAAAAACCAGCAUAUGAAAAAAGUA